AUGGAUGCUGCGGGAAGGGGCUGCCAUUUGCUGCCCCUGCCAGUGGCGCGCGGACCCGCCGGCUCUCCUGCAGCGGCGGCCGCCAGCGCCGUCAGCCGGCCCGGCCUCUGCGGCGCCGCCGCCUCGCCUCCCUCCGCGGCCGCAGGAGCGGUCGCCAUGAACCCCAGUUCCUCGGCGGGCGAGGAGAAGGGGGCGACAGGCGGCAGCAGCAGCGGCGGAAGCGGAGCCGGGAGCUGCUGCCUGGGCGCCGAGGGCGGCGCGGACCCGCGGGGCGCGGGGGCAGCGGCGGCGGCCGGGGCCGCUGCCCUGGAAGAGCCCGCGGCCGCCGGCCCGAAGGAGAAGGACGAGGCGCUGGAGGAGAAGCUGAGGAACUUAACUUUCCGGAAGCAGGUCUCUUACAGGAAAGCCAUCUCCCGGGCAGGCCUGCAGCACCUGGCUCCCGCGCAUCCCCUCAGCCUUCCUGUGGCAAACGGUCCAGCCAAGGAGCCCAGAGCGACUCUGGACUGGAGUGAGAAUGCCGUGAAUGGAGAGCACCUGUGGCUGGAGACUAACGUCUCAGGAGACCUGUGCUACCUGGGAGAGGAGAACUGCCAAGUCAGAUUUGCAAAAUCGGCUCUCAGGAGGAAGUGUGCGGUCUGUAAGAUCGUGGUCCACACCGCCUGCAUUGAACAGCUAGAAAAGAUUAAUUUCAGAUGUAAACCAACAUUUCGAGAAGGGGGCUCAAGAUCGCCAAGAGAAAAUUUUGUGCGUCAUCACUGGGUGCACAGGCGUCGACAGGAGGGGAAAUGUAAGCAGUGUGGUAAGGGCUUCCAGCAAAAGUUCUCCUUCCACAGUAAAGAGAUUGUGGCUAUCAGCUGUUCCUGGUGCAAGCAGGCGUUUCACAAUAAGGUGACCUGCUUCAUGCUGCAUCACAUUGAGGAACCCUGCUCCCUGGGGGCUCAUGCUGCUGUUAUUGUCCCACCCACCUGGAUCAUUAAGGUGAAGAAACCUCAGAACUCCCUGAAGGCUUCAAAUCGGAAGAAGAAGAGAACAAGCUUUAAAAGAAAAGCCAGUAAAAGAGGAACUGAACAGGAAAACAAAGGUCGUCCUUUUGUAAUAAAACCUAUCUCUUCUCCUCUCAUGAAACCCUUGCUUGUGUUUGUGAACCCCAAGAGUGGAGGCAACCAGGGAACCAAAGUCCUGCAGAUGUUCAUGUGGUACCUGAAUCCACGGCAAGUCUUUGAUCUUUCACAGGAAGGGCCAAAAGAUGCGCUUGAGUUGUAUAGGAAAGUACCAAAUCUGCGAAUUCUGGCCUGUGGUGGGGAUGGAACGGUGGGCUGGAUCCUUUCUAUUCUGGAUGAACUGCAGCUGAGCCCUCAGCCUCCUGUCGGGGUCCUUCCUCUGGGCACCGGGAAUGACCUGGCUCGAACUCUCAACUGGGGAGGGGGCUACACUGAUGAACCUGUUUCUAAGAUCCUUUGCCAAGUAGAAGAUGGGACAAUUGUACAGCUAGAUCGCUGGAAUCUCCAUGUGGAAAGAAACCCAGACUUGCCUCCUGAAGAACUUGAAGAUGGCGUAUGUAAGCUUCCUCUGAAUGUUUUCAAUAAUUACUUCAGCCUUGGAUUUGAUGCCCACGUCACACUGGAGUUCCAUGAAUCCAGAGAAGCAAAUCCAGAGAAAUUCAACAGUCGUUUUCGAAAUAAAAUGUUCUAUGCAGGGGCAGCUUUUUCUGAUUUCCUACAGAGAAGCUCUAGAGAUCUUUCCAAACAUGUUAAAGUUGUCUGUGAUGGAACAGAUCUCACUCCAAAGAUUCAGGAACUCAAGUUCCAGUGUAUAGUAUUUUUAAAUAUACCCAGAUAUUGUGCUGGCACAAUGCCCUGGGGGAACCCAGGAGAUCACCAUGAUUUUGAACCUCAGCGUCAUGAUGAUGGUUAUAUUGAAGUCAUUGGAUUCACCAUGGCCUCCUUGGCAGCCCUGCAAGUUGGAGGCCAUGGAGAAAGGCUGCACCAAUGUCGGGAGGUCAUGCUGCUAACUUACAAAUCCAUCCCCAUGCAAGUGGAUGGGGAGCCCUGUAGGUUGGCCCCAGCCAUGAUUCGGAUCUCCUUGAGGAAUCAGGCCAACAUGGUACAGAAGAGCAAGAGGAGAACAUCCAUGCCUUUACUCAAUGAUCCCCAGUCUGUCCCAGACCGCCUGAGGAUCCGGGUGAACAAAAUCGGUUUACAAGACUAUGAAGGAUUCCACUAUGACAAAGAGAAACUCCGGGAAGCUUCCAUCCCUCUGGGUAUUCUAGUGGUGCGUGGAGACUGUGAUUUGGAGACUUGCCGUAUGUACAUAGAUCGCCUACAGGAGGACCUGCAGUCAGUUUCUUCUGGCUCCCAGAGAGUUCAUUACCAGGACCAUGAAACCUCCUUCCCCAGGGCUCUCUCAGCCCAGAGGCUCUCCCCACGGUGGUGCUUUCUAGAUGCAACUUCUGCUGAUCGCUUUUAUCGAAUAGACAGAUCUCAGGAACAUUUGCACUUUGUGAUGGAGAUUUCCCAAGAUGAGAUUUUUAUUCUGGACCCAGAUAUGGUGUUGUCACAGCAAGCAGGGACGCCUCCGGGAAUGCCUGAUCUGGUGGUGGAGCAAGCCUCGGGAAUGUCAGACUGGUGGAAUCCUGCCCUGAGGAAACGCAUGCUGAGUGAUAGUGGGCUGGGAAUGAUAACUCCGCAUUAUGAGGACUCAGACUUGAAAGAUCUCAGCCACUCCCGUGUGCUACAGUCCCCAGUCUCUUCAGAAGAUCACGCAAUUUUGCAGGCAGUAAUAGCUGGUGAUCUUAUGAAGCUAAUAGAAAGCUAUAAAAAUGGAGGCAGUCUGCUAAUUCAGGGACCAGACCACUGUUCACUCCUUCACUACGCAGCUAAAACCGGCAAUGGAGAGAUCGUGAAGUACAUCCUUGACCACGGACCUUCCGAGUUAUUGGAUAUGGCAGACAGUGAAACGGGUGAGACUGCACUGCACAAGGCUGCCUGCCAGCGGAACCGGGCUGUGUGCCAGCUUCUCGUGGACGCAGGAGCAUCUCUGAGAAAGACGGACUCCAAGGGCAAGACACCUCAAGACAGAGCACAGCAGGCUGGAGACCCAGAUUUGGCUGCUUACUUAGAAAGCCGCCUGAACUAUAAGAUCAUUGGCCAUGAGGACCUGGAAACUGCUGUUUGACCCUGAUAGACGGGCGAUGAGAACCUGUGCGAGCAUAUCACCUGUGCCCUCCCAGCGAUCGGGCAGCUCCCCUGGAAGAAGCCGAUGGAAACCAUAAGUCUGUCUCCUGCAAGAAUCUAUCUGAGACCAUGCCACCAAUUUUAAGGGCUCCCAAGAUGUACAAGAGAACAGAUAGCCCACUGACGAUGAGGCAGAAUAUCUGGAUGUGUGGAAUACGAGUUCCACGAAAUUUGGUCCUUAUUGCUUCCAGCAAGUAGCAUGAACUUCUGUGUUCACCUGUAUAAUUUAUUUUAAAGAUUCAAAGGAUGUUUGUAUAAAUGGCACUGCUCCCUCCUCCCUCUCUGCAUUCAUCUUUCCCCUGUACUGCACAAUUCCACUGUGAUAACCCAUCAAUUGAAAAAAUAUGAUAUGAUCUGUUCUCUUUACAUGCAGUCUUUGAAGACCACAAGACUAUCUGAAGGUCUUUUAAAACCCUCUGGAUGUCCUGCAGAAAUAUAACUGUAAAACCGCUUCCAUUUCCAAGACUAAAUAUACCAUGACUACUUAGUGACUUUUUGCAUGCCUCCUCCCCUCCCCUAUCCCUUUUCAUUAUAUAG